AUGCCUUCUGCAAGUGCAGCUUGCCUGAAUUCAGAAGGAUUCCAAGAAGACACUACAUCCACUGGGGCGGGCUCACCCAGUGGUGCAGCAGUGAAAAAGAAUCCACCUCCAAUGCAGGAGACGCCGGUUCGAUCCCCGGGUCGGGAAGAUCUCUUGAAGAAAGAAAUGCAAGCCACUCCAAUAUUCUUGCCUGGAAAAAUCUCAUGGACAGAGAAGCCUGGCAGCAACAGUCCAUGGGGUCAGAAAAGAGUCAGAAACAACCGAGCACAGCACACAGCACAUUUCCCUGACCAGCGCUUGGACAAGUGCCCUCUGCAGUGA